AUGAAGUGCCUCCUGGAGGCAAUAUUAACAUUACCUGCUCAGCAGUCGCCUAUCCUUUCCCAGACAUCUACUGGCAGAGGUACUCAUAUCAAAUUUACAUGCCAUGCCAAUAAUAGUAUGGGCAAAGUAGAAAGAACUGUAAAAGUUAUCAUUACCGGUACGCAUUUUUCACGUUUUCAUUGUACAGUUGUAAGUGUAAAGUCAAGUCCUGGCUCUGCCCCUGUGCUUCGCGGAGCACUAUCCGGUAGGACAACAAUACAAAUACGCUGGGAUCCACCGCAUGUCAUCAAUCGCCCAAUCACUAGUUAUACCAUUUACUACACAAACAAUGGGAACCAGCCCAUCAAGAAUUGGCAGAAGUUGGAAGUCAAAGAGCCAAAUCACAAUGCUGUCAUUGAAAAUCUACGUCCUAACACGCAAUACUUCAUUCGACUUCGAGCCAAUGACCAAAUGGGGCCGGGUAGAUUGGGUAAUCCAGCCUCAGUCACCACUUUGAGACCAGGUUUGGAUUUCGCUACUGCCAGACCUUUGGUAACAAUCGAGCAAGGAGAAGAGCUCUUCGUAGCUCCAUUAAAACCAUUCGAAUUGGGAUGUAACAUAACCAGAGCUGAUCCAGUUCCAUUGGUCACUUGGCAGCACAAGGGCCGUCCGUUGAACAACGGCGAAAGGACUUUGUAUAUGAAGAUGCAUAUUGGUGGAGUUAUCGAGAACACUGUGUUCUCGUGUGUUGCUGAGAACGAAGCGGGAAAAAGCACGAAGCGCAUUAAUAUCACAGUAACUGGUGGGAUUAGAAAAUUAAGCCCUUAUCUAGGUCCCACUGCACCUGAACGCAUUCGUUACCAAGUUGACGGCGAUAAGGUGAAUCUACAAUGGGAGCUGCCUCGGAUUAUUAACGCGCCCAUGGCCGGCUACGAUGUGCUCUACACUGAUGAUCCCAAUCUUCCUGAGGAUCAAUGGAAGGUGCACAAAGUGGACGAUCCUCAUAUGAACACAGCGACAAUCCCUGGGUUGAGCGAGAGAACGCCAUAUACGUUCAGAAUCCGUGGACGCAAUAAGCUCGGUGAAGGCCUUCUCAGUGGUGCCUUCAACGCGACAACAUGGCUUGGAGCUUUGGAGAUCCGAAAUCUUCCUCUCGGCAUUUUAUGCGGAAAAAAAAAUGAAGAGGAAAAAACUCGCAUUCCAGCUCGUCCACCAUUCGUAAUGAUCACUCCUUCUGAGCAAGUG